CACCCUUUCGUUUUAAUAGAUUCUUCCAUAUAAAACCUCGUCUAAUUGCGGAUCAUUGAUACCUCCGAUUCCCCGAAUCCCCACUUCAGAUAUCUCUGAAAUCAGCCUGGCGGCCUGGCCUCGGAUGAAUGCCGGGCCCCUAGAGCAGCUUGUUGAGGACUAUGACAUCCUAAUCAAUAAUGACCCAGACACACCCACGAGGCCCAAAACCUCUCCAGGGCUCUCGAUAAUCGACUUAGCCCUAACUACGCCGGAAUUAGGCCCCCUGGAAGCCUGGGAGACCUACCCGGAACGGCCAACGGGCUCAGAUAACGAGGCCAUAGGCAUGCAAUGCCCCCUCCCCAAACAACCAAGCCAGGGAGGCCCCAGAGAGACAUUGCAGGAUGGAGGAUCAAGGAGCUUCAGGGGAAUUGUCACGGAGCAUGGACGCUCUCUAGCUGUAUAGCAUGUUUGCUUACUUUGACCUGUUUUGGGUAGGGCAUUCACUGAGCAUGAACGCUCGCUAGCUGCAUAGCAUGUUUGAUUGCUUUGUCCUGUUUGGAGUAGGGCAAGAACCCCUCGCACACACACUAGAUAGUCUGUCAUCGGCAGGCCCUGCCUGUUUCCUUU